GCUGAGAGCAGAAGGUCGGCGGAAGAAUCUCCUAAUUCUCAUCUUGCAUUACUUAAUGGAGGAAGGGUACAUGGAUGCUGCAAACACUUUGGAACGAGAGACAAAAUUAGGUUUACGUGGCUUUGAAGUUUGUGACAACGUUGACCUUGAGACAAUUUUGAUGGAAUAUGAAAGCUAUUACUUUGUAAAAUUUCAAAAGUAUCCUAAAAUCACAAGGAAAGUCCUGGACACCGCAGAAAAUAAACAGCAGCUGGGAACUGGAGGAAGGCAAAGAAGGGCAGCGAGCUCUCAGAAUCUCCCAAGGAUCAAGCAGCAGCCGAUGCAACAACCAUCAUCAAAAACCUCAUUGGGGAGUACAGAACUAAAAUCACCCACCAAGGAGAGCCCCAAACAGAAUAAUGAGAGCACAGUAACUCUGGAGCAACCUGACUUUGGCUUAAGCAUCUCAGCAAUCAACAGAACUGGAGGAGGAGGAGAAGGCCCUCCCCCAAGAAGGGGCCAAGUAGUUGACUUGCAUGGGAUGGUCCAGGAUGUCAAAGUAUCCCCAAAUGGAGUAGGUUUAAACAGCCUUACUUGGGAUCCAGACCCAUCGGAACGCUUACUGAAACCCCUUAGUGCUUUUAUUGGCAUGAAUGGUGAGAUGAGAGAACUUGCAACUGUUGUAAGCAAAGACAUUUAUCUCCAUAACCCAAACGUGAAAUGGGAUGAUAUCAUUGGCCUGGAUGCAGCUAAGAGGCUCGUCAAGGAAGCAGUUGUUUAUCCUAUAAGGUACCCUCAGCUAUUUACAGGCAUUCUGUCUCCAUGGAAAGGCUUAUUGCUGUAUGGACCACCAGGUACUGGCAAAACAUUGCUUGCUAAGGCUGUUGCCACAGAGUGCAACACAACAUUUUUCAACAUAUCAGCAUCCACCAUUGUCAGCAAAUGGAGAGGUGAUUCAGAAAAGCUUGUCCGGGUGCUGUUUGAGCUUGCCCGGUACCAUGCUCCUUCCACAAUUUUCUUGGAUGAACUGGAGUCUGUGAUGAGCCAAAGAGGCACCAUCUCUGGUGGUGAACACGAAGGAAGUCGGCGGAUGAAAACAGAAUUACUGGUGCAGAUGGAUGGCUUGGCCCGAUCUGAUGAUCUUGUAUUUGUUUUAGCAGCUUCCAAUCUGCCAUGGGAGUUGGACUCUGCCAUGCUGCGGCGGCUGGAGAAGAGGAUUUUGGUCGACCUCCCAAAUCAAGAGGCACGGCGGGCAAUGAUCCAGCACUGGCUGCCACCUCUGAGCAAUGGUGGAGGAGUGGAGCUGAGAACAGACCUGGACUACAGCUUGCUGGGCCGGGAAACCAAUGGGUACUCUGGCUCAGACAUCAAACUUGUAUGCAAGGAAGCAGCCAUGAGACCAGUGAGGAAAAUUUUCGAUGCCCUUGAAAACCAUCAACCAGGUAACAGUAACUUAGCUACAAUCCGCUUGGACACGAUCACAACAGCAGAUUUCCUGGAUGUGAUCACCCACACCAAACCUUCAGCAAAGAAACUCAGCCAGAAGUACACAGCUUGGCAGAGAGAGUUUGAAUCGGUCUGAGAAGAAAAAUCCCCAAAGACUGAGUACUUCAAGGACUUUCACUAUCCAAAAUGGCAGUUAUGUCACCUCCAAAGGACUGAGUGGUGAUGGAGAAGGGAGUGCUGAGUUUCUAGGAGAAGAGAAACCAAUAGGAAAUGUCAAAGGACAUGAAAACUCCAGCCUUAACUUCAAGUAUAAAGAUCUAAAGAUGGAUUGCUUUUCAGUCCUUAUUCUCAGUAGCUGUUUACAGGUUUGGAGUCCAAGAACCGGAGCAGGUGAUGAGGGUAACCCUCCUUUACGAGACUCACUAAAGCAUCACAAUCACCACAGCUCUGCAGAGACCUGUGUGCCUUUUUAACCAAGCCUAAGUAAGUGAUUGCUUUCAAUGAAAUUGAGCUUAACGGUGCCUGGUACAUUUGGUUGGUUUGUUAUUUUCAUAUGAAAUCGAAGCUGUAGCCUAUUACUUACUGGUUGUUUGGGUUAUUUCCAAGGUGGAAAGGG